UUUCGGGACGCUCACUGCGAACUACCCCAACUUCAAGAACCUUAAUGGCUGGAUGUAACCAAUGACAAUACAUCUUGGAAGCUACAGGGACUUCCUGAAGCAUAAAGAAAUGAGAGCACAAUUUUCUGUGAAUUACUACAAAAGCUUGUGCUAGUGAUGCUAAGGAGUAGGUUCUCUAGACCCAUGCAUGGUGACCGUGCGAUAUACAACUUCUCCCAACAGAGUUUGAGACUUCUUCCAGAAUGAGUGUUGUCCAGAACUCACCGCUCCUGAUGCAGUGGAUUGACCAAAGUAGGUAGAAGCUCUUAGAGUAAGAUCUGGGUAUAUAAACCUCCUCUACAACCACCCAAAACGAUCAUCAGCUCAUCAUCCCAUCUCUUCAAUCAUCAACCAACAUCUCAUCCACUCACUCACUUACUUUCAAAGUAACCAAAUCCCUCGCUUCAACAUGUUCUCCAAGAUCAUCGCCAUCUUCGCGCUCGCCGCCGCCGUCUCUGCCACUCCUACUGGAGAGAAGACUGGUGAACUCUCCGUCGAACAGGCUGCUGUCCAGUGCGGUAACGGAUCCAAGCUCUCUUGCUGCAACAACGGCGAUGGCACUCUCCUUGCUGCCAACUGCCUUGUGAUCCCCAUCAUUGCUAUUCCCCUCGGCAAUGCCUGCUCUGGCGGCAACAUUGCUACUUGCUGCCCUGUCAACCAAGAUGGCAACCUCAACAUCAACGUCCAGUGCGUUCCCAUCACCCUUUAAUCGGCUUUCGAUACUGGACAACUCUCCACAUCAGCGUGGCGCAAGCGCGGAUCCUUCCAGUCAACAAUGGGAUUGUGGAGCAGUCUUUACAAAUGCUUGGCGAUUACUUCUUGGUCAGUUGGGGGGUGAGGCCACGGCCUGGUUGGAGAAACAGUUUCUCGUCAUUCUCAUCGGCAUGGUCUCACAUGCAU